AUGCAAUGGCACGAUGAACGCUACGUGCAGGUCGAUCAUACAAUGGACUCAGUCGUCUAUAAACAGACGACCGCUAUGGACGCGGCGUUCAAAUCGGUGCAAGCAAACAGAAGUCACCCAAACCAUCCCUACAUCGAGAGCUUGGCGGCGUGCCCACCCCAGCAAAAAAUCGACCAUGGUGCUUGCUUCGGGAAACCUACGUCCUGCUUGUUGGCCACCGCCUCCAGUGCAUCGCAUUCCCCGUCGCACAUUGAGAUCCAACGGGCAUCAUCCAAACGUACAAAAGAAGAAAACACGGACGGAACUGUAUUCUGCGGCUCUAUCCCUGCCAAUCCUGCGCCGCCUCUACGCGAGUACCGGUCCUCACUUUUCUCUGAAGCAAGCCUAAGUAGUUCGAAGUCAGUGAUUAGCGUACCCAGCAGUCCUGUCACGUCCGUCCAGUCCAUCAAUCCCUUUGAAUCGAGGGAGUUUGUAGAGCUAUCGCACUGGGAUACAGCAGCAACCAGAAAUUCCGCUGAGUCCAAGGUCCGCAUCGACGUUAGUACAUCAGCCCGAAAAUUACCAUACUUUAGGAUCUCAAAAAUCAAAGGUCUCCUGGCCGAAAAAGCAAAGCAAGGUAUAGCAAGCGUGCAAGGAUCACCUGAUUCCUGCACAGCUUUCACUCACUCCGAGGAACUCUAUACCCGUUCGCAAGGAGGAAAGGCUGAUUCAAUCACAUCGUCCGCGGAGACAUUGCAAUUCACACGCUCAACCCAAUGUACGGUAGAGCAGAAGAAACUCGUGGCUCGAGAAGCGACCACAAAAACUAUAACGAUUCCAUCUUCAUGCCCCCAAUCCAUUCCCUUGAAAGCGAUACCGACCCCGCCAAUCACGCGACCAUCAUCGGACGGAGAGACAUCAUCACCCAUUGACCCAGCUACUCUGUAUCCUCUUCUUUGCUCCACCACUUCUGAUCGAAAGGAGCCCGCGAAUGCAACCUUUAGCGGGUAUGUCGCUGACUACAAAAAUCCCGCGGAGCCGACCGAAACUAGAUUAAAGCGCUUCCAGCCACCUGCGGAUGAAGACACAGAUAGUUCAGAGGAAGAGAUGGAUUCAAUCAUUUCAGGCUUGCUUCGUAUCAGCGCAAUAAAAAAGCCAGCAGACUCGAACGCCUCUAUCCACUCGAGUACGACUAGCUCAGAUGAUGUUAAAUACCGCAGUCCAUCUCAGAUCGAAGAUGAGGAGCAUCACGUCGAGCCGGUAGAAAUGGCACACCAAGAUGAAUUGCAACUCGCCGAUGAUGACGAUUUCAAUGACCGGCGGUCUUCUAUUGGCUCUUUGGUGGUCAUUGAUGAGCAAGACGAGCUGGUUGAGCAUCAUUUACCAAUUUGGCCAGCGAUGUCUUCCACUAUCAAAUCACCUUUCAGCACCACCGAAACAACCACACUGCCGAAGUGUUCUGGUUCGAUGCGCUCCCCCAUUCAGGAGAGGAAGCAGAUUGUGAAAGCAGGAAACCGUCCCUUGCGGGUUGUAUAA